AUGGAGAGAGCUCUCAACCUCCCUGAGAUUAGGGAGCAUAUCUGCUCUCAGGUUUCGUCAAAGGCGUCACUCGCUGCUCUGGCGCGAACGUGUUCCGCAUUUGAAAAACUCGCGCUGGACAAGCUCUGGUCGGGCGACCCGCAUGCUAUCUCGUUUAGUGACUUGAGGAAGGCUCUCCCUGGAGUUUUUGUCACUGACGCGGACGGAGAGAUCGUUGACCUAAGGCUACGCUCCCCGAAAGACUGGGAUCGCCUCUUUGCUCUGACCACUCGUAUACGCUUCCUCACGUUCGAUGAAGGCCCUUAUAUCAUCGAAUCAGUUCUUGAAAUGCUACUCAGCCCUCCUUCAAGCCUCCAAAAGGCUUUCCCCAAGCUCCGCUCCCUUGACGUCGAUGGCUAUGAUCCCAAUCUCCUUCAGACGUAUAUUCCAUUCCUCUCGUCUCACCUUCGCGAGUUCUCUUAUCGCGGACACCCUCAAAAUAUACGUAUACCCCUGCAGGUUCUCCCCGAUAAGUGUGCUUAUCUUCAGUUUCUGGGCGUGACCGAGGGCGACUGGCCUUCGAAGGAUGGAGAACUCAUAUGUAUGAUCAAAGAGGUGUCCGCCGCUGUGAUCCGCCUCCCGUUGCUCGUCUCCUUGAGGUGCCCCGACCUUGAGCCGCAUGCUCUCCUUCACAUCUCGCGCUCUCCAUGUCUCCGCGAGCUUCGUCUAACGGACCUACAAGAGACAACUCCAGUUGUGGUUCACGCUGAUCCAACUCCCUUGAGGUUCGAGGCAAUAGAGGAACUCGAGCUGCGCAUGAUGAGCUUCGAGUCCGCUCUAGCAGUCCUUCGUCGCCUUCAGACGCUUCCGCGCACUCUAGAGCUUCAAGAACCAAUGUCACGAUUCAAGGACCUCACGGAGUUGAGGGAGGUACUCGCAAUCUUGAAUCGAUGCGAGCGGCGCAAGUAUGAUUUGGAAGAGCUGGAAAUCCACGGGUUUACUGUAAACCACCCGACCAAUCUGGACGUUAGGUAUAACAUGGACUUUUUCCGGCUCCUCGGGCGUCACCGCAAGUUACGCUCUCUCGAGCUUUGGGUGGAGUUCGAGAUAGGGCUCUCGCCCUACGAUGUCGCAGAGCUUGCUCUAGCUCACCCAUAUCUCAAAAAGCUUAUCUUCUCGCCCAUGUCGGAUACAGUGCUGUCAACGCAGAGCCUCUCCAUCCUUUCCAACAAGUGCCCGAAGUUAACGUAUAUUGAAGCACCCAUCACUGAUUCACAAUGCGAUCGCGAUGGCCUCUUCGAGCUGGAUAACGGGUCGACACCAUCGGCAUCCCACUCCAGCCUCACAUCGCUCGAUCUCAUCACUUCGCAGUUCCGAGACAUGGCUUUUCUCACACAAACUCUCGAGGCAUCCUUCCCUUCUCUUACGGAGCUUAGCCUCCAUGAACUGUCCUUCAAGCACUGCUCGGAUCCCAUGCCGUUCACGUCAGCCACUAUGGAGCCCCUGUGUUGCCUCACUCAUCUCACUAGAUUACGGAUCGACGUAACCAACCGCCGCGUCGAGAUCGCAGAAGCGGAUGUACUCAGGCUAGCGCGGUCCCUGCCCAGCCUCAAAGUCCUAUAUAUCUCUGGAGCAACUGCAGUCGGCUUCGAUGGUCUCGCCAUGAGCCUUGACAGCAUCCUCAAUCUAGCCGAUACACACCAAAGUCUCGUUGAAAUAACCCUCCCCUUCCGCGCGUUCCUCGCCGACCGGUCCAACAGCAGGCAUCGCUUCCGCGCACGUCGAACGCUUCCUCGAAACCGCACUUUGAAAGACAUCCAUCUCCUCGUCUCGUCGAAGCCUAGCCGCGAGUACCUUGCGGACCUAGCGAUUGUCGUGCUCACUGCAUGCGCACGCCUGAGCACAUUUUACUUGACGACACCAAGGGCCAGUCCCGAGCCGCCUAUUCCCCUCUUUGACGCAAUCGAGGCGUUUAGGAAGGUGGAGAGAGUUCAGGGUCUUAGCAAGAUGCGCUAUGAGGACGGAGAGUUAGGAGGCGAAAAGGGCGACGCGUUGAUCCUCGUUGCGCUCGGCCUUGAACUGUUGAAUGUGUUCCUCACGAAGCUGAUGUCACCGAGCGCGCUCGAGGCUAUGACUGCAGCGGAUUCGUAUCUUACACUUGAGGAGCUCACCGUUCCCUUUCAGGCGCUGCUCUCCGACCGGUCCAACAGCGAGAAACGUUUCAUGGAGAGCCGAGCAACCUCACCGAAUCGAACACUCAGAGCUGUUCGUUUUGUUGUUCUUUCAAGACCGAGCAACGCUUACCUUGUCGACCUCGCUAUCGUCAUGGCUACUAAGUAUGUACGCAUCGAGAACUUGUCGUUGAAGAUGCCGCGGUGGUGCUCACCACUUACGCCGCACGCGGAUUUCCAAGAGCCUCGGCGCACCGUUGUGCCUGAGAUCGAGCACAAUCAAAGUGUCCAGGAGAGUGACGAUGAUUGGUAGUUGCGCAUUUCAGAGGGUUAUGGUCCGUGCUAUUGUCUAAUCAAGCCUACCUUUUUAUCAUCUCUAAUCG